AUGUUAGCCGGACUUGUGGGCACAGCGGGCAGGCUCACGCUGGUCAUUCUUCGCGCACACUGCCCGCGCACAACGGCGUCAGCCACGAUCGAGUGCACUAGAUGUGCCCACAGAAUCGACCGCUCCAAAGUGCCGGUCUUGAAGGAAGAAGAAGUCGUCGAGCAGUUCGUCCACGGCAGUGGUCCAGGGGGGCAGGCAGUCAACAAACUGUCCAACUGCGUGAUGCUCUGCCACACUCCUACAGGCAUUGUGGUCCGGUGCCAUGAGAGCCGUCUGCUCCACGAGAACCGGAAGAUGGCGAGGAAGAUGCUUUUGGAAAAACUGGACGAUCACCUCAACGGAGACAUGAGCGUCUCGGCGCAGAAGCUGCGAAUAAAGAUGGACAAACGGCGAAAACUUGACCGGAAGAACGAAAAAUUGCGUGAACUGAAAAGGCAAUAUCUGGAGAGGCAAAAACAUAGUGAGGACUCUGACACUGAGCAGCUGUAG